UCUUUUUGUCCUAAACAGGCUGCAGAUACUUUGGCUGUAAGGCAAAAGCGAAGAAUAUAUGAUAUCACCAACGUCUUAGAAGGAAUUGAUCUAAUUGAAAAAAAAUCAAAGAAUAGUAUCCAGUGGAAGGGUGUAGGCGCUGGCUGUAAUACUAAAGAAGUUAUAGAUAGAUUAAGAUUUCUUAAAGCUGAAAUUGAAGAUCUAGAAUUGAAGGAAAGAGAACUCGACCAGCAGAAACUGUGGCUGCAACAAAGCAUCAAAAAUGUGAUGGAAGACUCCAUUAAUAACAGGUUUUCUUAUGUAACUCACGAAGACAUCUGCGAUUGCUUUAAUGGUGAUACACUGUUGGCCAUUCAGGCUCCUUCUGGUACACAGCUUGAAGUACCUAUUCCAGAAAUGGGCCAGAAUGGACAAAAGAAAUACCAGAUUAAUUUAAAGAGUCACUCAGGACCUAUCCAUGUGCUGCUUAUAAACAAAGAGUCCAGUUCAUCUAAGCCGGUGGUUUUUCCUGUCCCCCCACCUGAUGACCUCACACAGUCUUCAUCCCAGUCCCCAACAUCAGGGACUCCACAGAAAUCCACCAUGGCUGCUCAGAACCUGCCAGAGCAGCAAGUUUCUGAAAGAAGCCAGAGUUUCCAGCAGAUACCAGCUACAGAAAUAUCUUCAGGGUCUAUUAGUGGAGACAUCAUUGAUGAACUGAUGUCUUCUGAUGUGUUUCCUCUCUUACGGCUUUCUCCUACCCCAGCAGAUGACUACAACUUUAAUUUAGAUGACAAUGAAGGAGUUUGUGAUUUGUUUGAUGUUCAGAUACUAAAUUAUUAGAUUCCAUGGAAACUUGGGACUGUUAUCUACCUCUAACUGUAACAUUGUAGAAUUCUUAAUAACCUAAGUAUUUAAAAUUAUGAAUGUAACACCAUUUUAGUUCACUGAGUCUGAAAUAUUCUUCACUAACAUUUACUUCACAAAACUUAAAAGGGCUCUGACUGCUUCAGGGGGGAUGAUUAACUGCCUACCAGCAUGUCCCUCCAGUGAUUAUAUUCAAUUUCUUUCAAAGCUGAAUUCUGCUGUAACUUCUCCUGAGAGAAAAGGAGAAGGGCAAAACAUUGCCCAGAAGAUCUUAUUUGUCUUUAUAUUUUUACUGCCACAAAGUUAUAUCUAUGUGUCCUUCAGACAUUCACUGCCACAUAUAAAGUGAAGGGCAUCACUAUUGAGUGAAGAGAUUUUGUGAAGUGCCUUCUGUUUUAGCACUUUAAGUCUAUCAGUUUGCUGACUUCUGACAUUCUACUUUCCUAGAGUAUAGGAAAGAUCUGUUUAUGUAGUUUAUUUUUAAAAUGUGCCAAUGCCUGUACAUUAACAAGAUUAAAACAAAUAAAGUUGUAUAAAGCA